GGAAGUACUUCAUUAUUGUUGCUGACUAGACGCUGAUGUCGAGAUGCAGGUGGAUGAUUGAUUCUGCUUGCGCUCUCACGGGAUCUCAUCAACCAAACACUUAGCCAAAGGAAAUCAGUAUCAAGUAGCCUACUGCUAACAUUUUAAAUGUGAGCUUGUAAAUUUGGUCUGUACACUAACGCAUUCCGUGAAUCGUUAGUGGUUGCCGCGGCCUGUCUUUGUUGUUAUCCAAACUAGCACUCCAAUCCAACCCGUUUGUGUAGCUAGCUAACUAGAUUCAGUCAGAGUUGAAGUGUGUCUUUUAUUUUAUAUUUAGUCAUCUAUCAUUGCAUUGUGGGUAAAAUGUCUAGCGAGGAAUAAGAUAGCUGGCGACUAGCUAGGUAGUUAGCUAAAUUAUCUUGACCAACCGUUGCUAAACUAAUUGGCUAAUUGGUUUGUGUUAAUCCCUGUUGGACGGGAUGAGUUGUUAGCUAUUUUAGAUACCUACAUAUUUUUGGAACUAUCCCACGAUCAACGUUAGUGAAAAUCCCCCAGAACUUGUUGAGGUCUCCUCUUUUAGAUCCACCUCUAGCCGACCAUGUCUGAGCCGGGUUCUGGCUGUGGUGAUCCGGCCCAGAGGAGCUCACAACAGGGUCCGGAGGUGGUGUCAGUGAAGCUGGAGGACUGCAGUCAAACACUGGAGCUCAAUGUGAUUGUGAAAGAGGAGGAGGAGAGAGAAAUCAAGGAGGAAGAAAACAGUGACUCCGGAAAGAGCUCCAACCCAGACUCAGACAGCAAGCCCAGUCCCACAGCAUCAGGAAACCGCAGACAGAAGCCCCAACCCUGCUCUAGCGACAGUUUUAUUUGUCCAACUCACCUCAAAUCAUACCAACCAACUCCCAAAAUAAAUAAGACUUACCUUUGCCGUAAAUGUGGGAAGAGUUUUCAGACACCAAGCAAGCUAAAGGCUCAUCAGAGUAUGCACAAUGGAGAGAAUCCUUACCCCUGCUCCCAGUGUGAGAAGAGCUUCAAUCAUUCAGGAAGACUUAAGGACCAUCAAAGAGUACAUACUGGGGAGAAGCCUUACCACUGCUCUCUUUGUGGGAAGAGUUUCAGUCAGUUAGGAAACCUGAAGACUCAUCAGAAAAAUCACAAGCCUUACCACUGCUCACAAUGUGGGAAGAGUUUCAGCGAGAAAGUAAAACUUACGGGACACGAGAGAGUACAUAGUGGAGAGAAACCUUACCACUGUACCCAAUGUGGGAAAAGCUUCAAUUAUUAUUCAGUACUUAAGGAACAUCAAAGAGUACAUACAGGGGAGAAGCCUUACCACUGCACACUUUGCGGGAAGAGUUUCAGUUGGGCAACAAACAUAAGGAAUCAUCAGUUAAGACACAUUGGAGAGAAACCUACAUGUACUCUCAAUGUGAUUGUCAAAGAGGAGGAGGGCGAACAGAGACACAUUAAGGCAGAAGAGCGAGAAGUUGAGGUAGAGGAGAGAGAGGUAAAGGAAGAGGCUACAUAAACUAACUCCAUAGGAAUGUAAAGGAACACCUAUCCUUGCAAUGCUGUCUUCUGUGACAGGGCAUAGGCAGCAACAUUGAGGGCUAUCUUUUAAAGUAAUGUCUAUUCUACUUCUAUAAGUGUAUUGGAAGGUAGAAAAUCAACUCCAGAAGGUACAUACCACCACCUACUUUGAUAGUGUACAAAGCCAAGAUUGGUGAUUUACUGCCAGCUGUAGUUAUGGAAGGUCAGCUCCAUAUAAUUCACUGGUUGACCCCUCCUGCUGACCUGGAUGGAA